CACAGGGCCUAUGUGAGAUCACGAAGCGGAUAUCCGGUCUCUUUUCCGUGGCGGACCGUCGUUGGGCCGGUUUAGCAAAAUGAAGGUACAAUGUUUCUCAAACUAUUUCUCUAUGUGAAAAUCGUUUUUAUCUGACAUAUCCCUGUGCAUAUGUCGCCAUGAUUCUGAGCCUCAAAGCGGGCCAGUUUUAUUUGACUGUGGUUACCCUAACACUGAGGAUGAGUUGGGAUUUUGUUAGAAAGUGAGCGCCGAGGAUGCAGUCGGCAUAUGAACUCUGAAAACAUGGCCGCUCACUGAGGGAAAUGUGCAGCUAACCCAAUGCUAAGCUCCAUUUAAUAUUUAAACUUCUGCUGUAAGCCUUCGUUUUAUAACGACCAGCGCUAAUGAGGUUAUUUGUGUAUGAAUUUAUGGGUAAAAUUUACGCCACAGCAUUCAGUAUGUUUAGUUAACGAGUGAGGGAAACUCGAGUCUGUCAGAAAGCUAACGGGCCUGAGGGUCAAUUCGGUUUCAUUUAAAGAGUUUAACACGCUAAACGUUAAUUUGUAACAUGUUUGUGCAACUUUGGGCUGAUACAUGUCAAGAGUUAAGGCCUUGAAGUAUUAGUAAUGUUAGUGGGUACACCUGCAGUACCUGCAUGAACUCUGAAGCUAACUUUUAGAUAGCCAGGUGUCACUUUCAAACUGAAGUCCAUUAUCUAACAUGAUUAUUGAAUCCUUUCUUUCAGCUGAACAUCUCCUUUCCCGCUACUGGCUGCCAGAAGCUGAUUGAAGUCGAUGAUGAGAGAAAGCUGAGAACUUUCUAUGAGAAGCGUAUGGCCACUGAGGUGGCUGCCGACCCUCUGGGAGAUGAGUGGAAGGUGAUUGUUGUCAAAGUUUAAUCUUUGACAUCCUGAUGUAACUUUGUCAGAGACUGUAGUGCAGGAGGUUCAAUGUUUUAGUCUACGUAAUGAAAACAGGCACACCAGUAGACCCUUUUUGACUGAUCAGUAGUCAUUAAGGGGGGACAGAGUGAUGCCAGAAAAACUGCAGAGCUGCUCACCAGAUACGACCAGAUCCAGGUUCAGUGGAUGGCCGUAACGGCGAUGCUCUCCCAUUAUGUUCAGUGUACACUAAUAACAGGAUGACACCUAAUGGGUCAGUCGUUAUCAUAAUCAUGUUUUUUUAAGAGAGAUGCUGUCAGUUAACCCAGCAACAUCAAGUCUUAUUAUAGACAAGGAAGUAAACAACUUGAGUUUUAAAAGGGUAUUCAAAGAGGCGCUCUAGAUGCAGUGAAGAUUGGGGGUUAGGGUUACAAAUUCCCAUGGUGUCAUAUUUGGAUCCUAUGGUACAGGUGCCUUAAUUGACAUGAAAAAGAUGAAACCGUUCAUUUUGUCUUCUCCUGCAGGGUUAUGUGGUGCGCAUCAGCGGAGGCAACGACAAACAGGGCUUCCCCAUGAAGCAGGGUGUUUUGACUCACGGCCGUGUGCGCCUGCUGCUCAGCAAAGGCCACUCCUGCUACCGUCCCCGCAGGACCGGCGAGCGCAAGCGCAAGUCUGUCCGGGGUUGCAUCGUUGAUGCCAAUCUCAGCGUGCUGAACUUGGUCAUCGUCAAGAAAGGUAAUGUGCUUAUAAAGGCUCAGGAGAAAAAAGUGGAACAAACUGUCAACCAGUGAUUAGAAUUUUGAGUCUUGAGCACAGAGUGUGGUUUUAGUGGUGCAAUUUAUAUUCACUCAGUCCACUGAUGUCACUUGUAAAUGUAGUUAAUGGCACACCAGUAGACCCUUUUUGGUUUGUUAGUAGUCAUUAAGGGGGGACAGCGUGCUGCCAGAGAAACUGCAGAGCUGCUCACCAGAUGCAACCAGGUCCAGUUCAGUGGAUGGUUGAACUGCAUUGCUCUCCCAUUGUUUUACAUGUACAUCUAUCAGAUUGACAUGAGAGCUAUUGCUCUCUUGAUUUAGACGUUUGUGUGGCAUAAUUGUACAAUUAGUGUAAUACUCGGUUUUGAUGCCUUUGACUUAUGUUUGUCUGACCUGGUUGUCCUCAGGUGAGAAGGACAUCCCCGGGCUGACCGACAGCACUGUCCCUCGUCGUCUUGGUCCCAAGAGAGCUAGCAAGAUCCGCAAGCUCUUCAACCUCUCCAAGGAGGAUGAUGUUAGGCAGUACGUUGUGAGGAGACCCCUGACUAAAGAAGGUAAGACUGGGGCUGUUUUUACUCAAUCCUGUUAAUUUCCCACAGAUCACUGAGUGUUGGUUGUCAUUGGAAUUAAUCGACUUGAUAAAACCUUGUAAAUGACUGCCUGUGCCUCAGAAAAGAGGGUAUUGAAGAUGGAGCUCUUGCUUCACAAUUGAGACAAUUGAGCAGUAGAUAGAGAAGUCUGGUCAGCACAUGACACUAAGACUUAAUUCAAAGCACUGUAAGCAUGAUGAACACGACACUGCAAGAGCUGAAAUCUUUACUGAGUGGCAGAACAUGCUUGACAAUGUGUUUGCCAUCGUUUCUUGAUUUGUCGCCAACUCCUAUGAUUCAAGCUCUUUUUCAGUCGACCGCUUUGAAAACCAAGAACAUUUUUCUGCAACACACCUCCACCUCCGAGCUCAAACACCUGCUUACUUCGUGCUGCCUCUUAAUUAGUUUGUGUGUCUAUCUGUUAUCUGUUAUGUAAGGUCCUGUUCACAUGAGAAUGGUCUCAUCACAAGCAGAAAAAUGUCCUGUGGGUAUUCAACCAAAUUUGUGUUCGCAUGACAUCAGUGUAAAAGUGAUCUGUACGCACACAGAUCUGCACAAGUGAUGGAGAAGUCUGUAAUAUGCAUGCCAAGUCAGUAGCUGGCUGUAGUUUUCAUGAAGUACCACCAAAGAACACAGAGUGUCUGUGAAAGCUCCAACCGAGCAAUGGCAACAAGAAAACGUGGCAAACGCAGCCGACUUACAUUUGCAUUUUCACCCACCCAAAAUAUAGUUUCUGCAUCAAGAAGCAGUCAGAAUGCCACGGUAGUUUACUGCUUUCACUGUGUAAAUGAUUCAGAUUUCACAGUAGUAGGUUAUCCAUGUAAGCCCGGGUCUUGUUAAUGAUGUGACCAUUAAAACAAUCUGACACCUGUGGGGUGUGUUCUCACUAGCUUUUAUGAAACAAAGUCAAAUCUGGCAUACAUCAAAAAAACCUCCAUUCUGUAUUUUCUACAUAUUAGAUUUGACUCUUAUAAGAUGUGAAAGUUUAUUUUUGAAACUGAAUUCAGCACUGAAGGCUUGAGGCAGCUGAUCAUAUAGAAUCUGAAUAUUAAAUCUAAUCUGCAUUGUCAAACGUGCUUUGGCUGGCGUUAAGAAAUGUGGGUGGCCAUUGUUAGAGACACGUUUUUACCUGCUAAUGGUGGGCAGUGAGACACAUGGGGUAUUCAGUGGUGACAGGUUGACAGUGAAUUUCUUUAAUUGCACAUUUCUGUGUUUUGUCCUUGAAAGCCUCCCUGUUGCUCAUGGCUCUUUGUAAAUUACCAAGCCCUCCACAAAGUGUCUUUGUUAAAAUUUCACUCAUUACACAGCUUUGCAGAGUCUCUCUGCUUUAGAUGCUGAUAUCAGGACUUUUGGAUACUUUGUACCAGGUAGAGAUUGGAAUUGAAAACUAGAAGCAGCAGAUUGAUAAAUCCUUUUUUCCCAGGUUUCUGUUCAAGUUGUUAACUGUAAAUUGUAAUGAUAAAUGUUAAAGUUUUACACGUGACAUCAAACAAAUUGACAACAGAGCAAAGAUUUUAUGCUCUGGGUUGUCACAGUUGCUCUCAGUGCUCCUCACUGGAUUUAGCCUUUUUUCAUGAAUUUUAUUCCCUCUCGUACAAUUUUAAAGGCAAGAAGCCCAGAACCAAGGCUCCCAGGAUCCAAAGACUGGUGACGCCCCGUGUGCUGCAGCACAAGCGCCGCCGCAUUGCCCUCAAGAGACAGCGCACCCAGAAGAACAAGGAAGAGGCCUCUGAGUACGCCAAGCUGCUCGCCAAGAGGAUGAAGGUAACGUCAUUUAAAGGGUUUUUUUUUUGUGUGUGUGUGUGUGGCCACUUAAAGAUCUUCUCAUUGGAUCCUUUUAGAACACAUUAGUUUUUGCUCCACUUUAUUUCCCCUUGAAGGUCUUAAGAUCCAUUUUGCAAUCCCUUUUUCACGGAGGACACUUUUAAACUUUUAAGCAUUAUCAUCUACAAUGAAAUAUUGUAGACAGAGACGUCGAUAUAAUCUGUUGACCCACAGACCCAUUAGCUGUCUGCUGGAACUCUCAACAUGGUGGGAAAAAAGUGAAAUAUUAGUAUUUGUAGACUUGGAAGUGUUUGUGAGUGCAGGGUACACAGCUGGGCUCUGAAUGUUUUAAAACAUUAUUCUGACUCUUCGUUUUUAUCUCAAACAGGAGGCCAAGGAGAAGCGCCAGGAACAGAUCGCCAAGAGGCGCCGCCUUUCUUCUCUGAGGGCAUCCACAUCCAAGUCAGAGUCCAGCCAAAAGUGAAAUCAAAAGUUGAAAUAAAUUCAUGUUUUGCUGAAAAACAUUCAGUGUUUCACUCUCCAUUUUUGAGGUACCCUGAGUAGUUGACUGUCGGUUUAUGGAUCACAGGUUCUACGGUGUUAAAAUACUAAAAUUUGAGAGAUGAGUUUAUUCUCAUCCCACCUGAGGAAAUUGCUGCCCACUUCUAGUUUAAGAUGCAAAAUCUUGAGGAUUAGUUUAUAACUGUACAGUACUUAAAAGCAAUUUGGUUCAAUUGAUAAGGACUUCAGACCACAAGUUUUCUUUCUACCAUAGGAAAUCAAAUGUAAGGCUCAAAAAGUUAAUAUCACUGAGGUUGGGGGAAACAAAGCCCUUGGAGUCGAUACAUGAGGGACGAUUAAAGUUGUGUCACUAGAUCUUAGUUCCCCCUGAUUACAGGAUAGUUAUUUCAGCCUUGAAAUAACCCGACCUUAUGUGGAGGUGAAAUCCAACAAGUAUUAGAGGUUUGAGGACAGUUAAUGGGGACCAACUCCUUAGUCUCCCACCACUGACACAUUAAAAGACCAUAACUAUCAAGGUUUAAGUGGAUGAAUCUUGAACAUUUAUUUUAGGCAAAGUGAAUACACACCAUAAACAAGUAUAACUCUUGGUCAACGUCGAACACACCCUUUAACAUUACAACCAUUUUCAAAAGGAGACAUUUUUGUUGCCAUUUUUGUCCUUGCCCUGUGAGUGGGUGUGGCUCUGGAGUGAACCGGCACCAUGUCCCUUUGGGUUGAGGUCUCAGCCACAUUGAGGCGCGCUGCAUCUCGACUGGGCUGUUGCUGAUGGGGUUGUGGGCAGCUUAAGCCGUAAAUCUGCGAGAUAAAGAGGAGCACAGACACAAGCUGAUGCUGCAGAUACUGAGGCAGCUCCUGGACGCUGGAGGACAAGGUCAGCCAGCUGGUGUGAAGGUCCUGGACCAGACCUGAAGGCCGGGACAAACUUCCCAACUGUUGAUGAAGAGAAAAGGUAGUAUUACAUUUUAUUAAGCUGUUAUUUAGUCAGGGCAUCGUAUCAAAAUAGAAAAAAAUAACAGCUUUAGCUGAAAUCUUGGCAGGAGUUGCAUUAUAACAUACUGUAAUAUGAAGCUAAUGUUACAUAUGUUUUUCAAGUGUCCUCAUAAGCACUAAAAGAUAUAGUGGCUGCUAAGAAAUAUCCUUAAGUAAAACUCCAAACACUUAAAUCAAAAAGUUGGAUUUUCUUUCAGCUAUAACCAUGAUUUGGAUAAAUGUGCAUUUUCACUUUGUUGCCCAGUUAAGAUAAAUAUCACCAAUACCAGUUGCUGUUCUGUUGCCAGCCAGUAUGAUAGCAUGAAGCAGAAACGCUUUAUCACCUGCAGCACCAGACAACAAAACAGCCUGUUGCUUCUAAGUUAGUUAAGUACAAAAUUCAUCUUGAAUGCAUGUUUUAAUAAGCACAGAAAUUUGUUUCAAACCAAUCAAAAAAAAAGCCUGUGUUUAUUUCUGAACCGUGAUAAAUCUGUUCGAUCUUGAUUGGAUGGUUCGCUUUCCCUGCCAGUGGCCUGAUGGCAAGCAAGCAGAGUCUUUGAUGAUCAUUAUUUAACGUUAUUUUAGAAAGAUUUUAAUCCUCUCACCCUUAAGGUGGACGAGUGAAAGAAUUAAUUUCCCACAACACACCUGAACAGACUGAACCACGUGGUAAGUCCUCCUGCACAGCCUUGCACCGAGCAAGAGGAGCCGUGCGUGAUAACUCCUUGUGAGUGUGGCCACCUCAAAACCCCCUAACAGGCGAGCUUCUGCUUCUAUGGAUUCAAACAGAGGAUAGCUUAAAUCUUUUUUUUCUUCUACUUUGUCCUCUGCCACUUUGCUUUAUGCCACACACCUUUAUCUUCUUCUGAGAGAGGAAGCACAUGGUCCACCAGGCUCUCUGACAUGAUCAGAGCAGAGUCUAGUCCUACGCUGGCAACAUGAAAGGCUCUCCUUGUAAGUGACUGGUUGGCCUGCUCAUCCACCUGCUGCAUCCUCCUCACCAGCCAUGUGACUGUAUCCACAGUCCCAUUAGCUGCAACACUCACCCCCUCCUGGAUCUUAUUCAUCUUAGCCCUGGCAGUGGCAACAACCUGCAGUGGAAACAAUAGGAGAGAUGAUGGUUGCUUCUAUUUCCUGCAUGUGGAGGUUUGUGCAAUUUUAUAUAGCUCAUGAAGAUUUUUAAAGAUAAGAGGAUUUCACCUGAUCUGUUGGUGCAUGAAGCACUGGAAAUGUAGUCUCCAGCCAGUCAAUACUUCUACACGCAACAUCAUUCGCAAUGGAAACUGUGGAAAUAAUAUUUAUUUGCAGUCUUCAUACAGCAGAAAUUACAGUCGUGUGAUUUACAUGUUAUUUGUGUUAUCCUAUUGUUCGUACCAUGAUGAUUUUAAGUAAAGCCAGUUAUCAAUGCAUAACACAUAUUUUCUUCUAACCUAACUUGCGCUAUCAAGUCCAGGUGCAUCUCAAAAGUGAGCACAAAUCAUGAGAAACAUGUAUGAUUUAUUAUCUGGGGAGCCAUGUCAUCUGUUGUUCCAAGAGAGGUUAGAGCACUUCAUUCUUCCAUCUGCUGAUGAGCUUUAUGGAGAUGUCAGUUUCCUGUCCCUUGCCCACAGCGCCAAAACUACUACCAAAUGGUUUGCUGACAAUACUGUGCUUGAUUAGGCAGCCAACUUGCCUUACCUGAAUCUCAGAGAAUCUAUGAGGUAUCGUCAAGAGGAAUAUGAUGCAGCAACAUUGGCAUACUCUCCAGUGCUCCUCAAAAAAUGCUUUAAAUGUUUUACCCAUAAUGAAUUAAGAUACACAAUCAAUUUAUUUAUUUUAAAAAGCAUUUGAGAUUUUCUCAUUUUUUGAGAAGCACCUGUAGUCUAUUCAAACCUCGAAAAACAACAGACAUAAAAGAACCCAUAGAGACUAUAGUCACUAAAAAUGCGAUGGGCAUCCAUGGCUCUAGAUCCAAAGUCUGAACAAGGACAGCAGUACAAACCAUACUAACUUCAAGGGAUAUUCCAGCAUAAAAAUAAGUUAGGGUCAAACACACCGUAACACUGAGUUAGACACCCCCUCAAAAAGUGAAUGUUGAUUAUUUCCUCAUGGAAAUACGAUCAGGCCGAGACGUUAAGACAGAAGAACUACCGCGUCUGCAGUUCCAAACGAUUAAUAUGAUGAUUAUUACUUCAAGGAAAUGAUAAAGAAAUGAUCAUAAAUGUUCUUCCUUGAGCUGUGUCACCCCGCUGCAGUCGAUGGACUCACCCGAGGUCUCGCUACAAACAAACAGCUGCUGGAAGACAGUAGGUGAGUUGUGUUUAGUCUCUUUGCUAAAGAAAUCCGGCAAAGUUAAAAAGAUGUUUGGUGGCUAGUACUGUGGCUGUGACCCUAUAUAUAUAUUGUUGACGAAGUUAGGUGCUGUUCUGAGCAUUAUUUGUGAAUAUAGAGUGGUGUUUUGGUUGAGCGCACGGCUCCUCAGACCGCUGUGUAUUGCUAUCGUGCGGUCGUUACCAAAGUUGGUAUAACUGAAGAAGCAAGGGGUCGGCAACAAACAUUCAUCUCUCUUGGGGGUGUCUAACUUGGUGUUUCGGCGUGUUUGACCCUAACUUAAUUUCACGCCGGAAUAUCCAUUUAAGAGUUUGUGAAACUACUCACUCUGAGGUCCCAGUUUAACCAUGACAGGUGUCACUCUGUCACAUGCCGCUAAGCUUAUUGCUGUCACACUGCUCUCAAGCACCUCACACACAGACUUCAGGUUAGGAUUGCUGCAUUUAGUGUCAAUAUACAACACUGACAGUCUGCUGCAAGCCGAGCGAACCAGGGGCAGAUUGGCCAAUCUGGAGGCUGCACUCUGAAACUUCUGCAGGAUAACAGGAGAGACAAAUAAGUCAAGUGCAUGUCACAAACUAUCAAGUCAAAUCAGACUGUCAUUUUGUACAGCAGAAUGAGAUUUCCCUUGGAAUCUCAGAACACUUACUACAGUAUGCAACAAUGAACAUAAAUAAUGAAGCAUAAGACAAGGUUGUCCUGAGCCAGUGUCAUGUUUAUUCAGUGGAGGUGUAUUUGUGUUUGAUGUCUGGUGCAAGUUAGAGAGAGUAUGGUCUGUCUGUGGAGUUUUCCCAGAUGGUAAAAAGUGUGUUCCUGCAUGUGACCAAGGAGGGGGUAUGCUGCAAAAGGCUCAGGAUAUCAAUUUUUGGUCUAGGAACAAAAUAAAGCUCAUUGAGAGUAAGUGAUAAACACUUAAACAGCAUUACUCUAAAUUAUAUAACUACCCUUGAGUCGAUUAAAAGCGAUUAAAUCUCGUCUUUAAUGCACUCACCUGGUUAUUGUUCACUGGCAUGUUUCCUUGUCUGUGUUACAUUAGGAGGGAAAAAGAGUGAUCUUUACUGAGACUGAAAUGUCAAAUCCUCUCAUUACAGCAGGGGAAGAUUCACAAGAAAGUUAAAAAAAAAACUCCCACGAACCUUGUAGGGUGUGCUUUUCGAGAUGUAGCCCCCUCCACGUGCUCAGACUAUCAAUUAACAGUCACCUGUGCUGGACGCAGCUCUGAGGGAUUCUUGCUAUUCUCGCGAUAUGUUGAUGCCACUGAAAUAGUCUCCUCUUUUCCAAUCAAAAGCUAAAGCGAUGACUGCAUUUUAAGUAAUAAAAUGAUCACGGACUAAAUACUGAGGAUAUCGGAGACGCUGUGUUGCAAUACCGAUCGUUGCGCACUAACAAUGCGCCACAGUAACCACCCUGUAGUCCAUGAUGAUGUUUAUGGUUGUGUCUCGAUAUCCUACAAGUCGAAAUAUGGAUCUAGGAGUUGUUAUGACUACCUGUUGAAAUCAUUAAAGCGUAAAUCAAUCGAUUAAUCGCUGUAAGCAGGAUUUGAACCUGCGCGGGAAUAUCCCAUUGGAUUUCGAGUCCAACGCCUUAACCACUCGGCCAUCACAGCUUACUUUAUACUCAACGUAUACACAACUCGAUUCACAAACUUGGUAGAAUUUCGGUUUUCCCGCAUUGAUCAAUAUGAGGAAGUCAUAUACCAUAAACUGGGUUCAGUCCCGAUGAUCUUGAUCAAAAACUAAACCUACAGCCUGAAUGAUUCAUCAGAAACACAGACCUCAGACCUGUUGUUUUGUUCCGCAUGUUUGCGGGGUGAUCUGAGGUGAAAACUGAUGCUGAAGACUUAAAACGAUGAUCUCUCCAGUCCGUUCAGAUGCGGUACUGAUCCUCAUGCUGCUACCAAAUGUUAGUGACCGGAGCUGUGAAAAUCUGCAGUGGAGGGAGGCUGUGCUGUGUUGCCUCCAGUAAUGACAAAACACGAGAACUAUGAGAGGCUGAUCCCUGUUUGUAGUCUUUGAGUAAAAUGCUGCAGAAAAACCAAACAGCCGCAGACAGAUUUCAGAGCUACUGAAAAGUAUAGAAAACUGCUCCAUUAUUUGAUGUCAAAUCAAUCCAUCUUUAUUCUGCUGUCACCACGUAGAAAUGAACUCAAAUCAAAGCCAAUCCUUUAUGAGACAUGUAUGUAUUUGCAUUUUUAAAACAGACCUUCUCUCCCCUUUUUGAGAGUCCUUCCUAAGCCUUAUUUCAUAGUAGGGCUGGGCGAUAUGAGAAAAAGUGUAUCACAAUAUAUAUAUACAUAUAUAUUUCAGCUCAGUUGAUAUCGAUAUAUAUCACGAUAUAAAAAAUGAGAUUUAACAGUGCUUAGUGGUAGCAUGUCUUUUGCAACACAAUAAGCUACUGCAUCUGUGAGUUCUUUGUGUCUCUGACAUUUUGUCGUAAGGCAUUGUGCUAGAGAAAGCGGACUGAACGGUCAUCUGUUUCGGCUGCACAGGCGCCAUGGGCUCCUUGCUGCAUUCAGGGUUUGUAACCUUUUGCAUUGUGCAUGCUCUGCCGCAUGUCACUGCUUCAGGUGGUGAAAAAGAUGUGAGGUAUUCCCAGACUUUGCGGGAACAUGUACUUGACAUAAUUUGCAGUGCACAUUACUCUGCUUCAUGUCCGACCUCAAAAAAGAGAAAAUACCUCCACACCAUCGACAUUUUCAUGCCAGUGUUGUCAACGAUGUCGUCAUCUGUUGAGCCUUCAUCUGCAUUUCUGACAGGGGUAGCACUCAUUUUCUUAUUUUCUCACCAACAGCGCUGACGGCUUCACAUGUUUAAGUGCUAUGGUUGCGUGUAGCUGCUGCCUGCUACUACACAGUUGUUUGCUACUUGGUUCUAAUUCAGCACAUGAUUGGUUCAACGUAAAGCAGACCCGGAGCAACUCCCCUUUUCAUUGGCUAAUUAUGUAGUCUACCGAAACAUGGGAGAAUGCAGACUAUCCAAAAGCAUAUUAACCAUGUUUUACAUCGAUAUUGAGGGAAAUUAAUUUUUGAUAUAUAUCGUUAUCGUUUUAUCGCCCAGCCCUAUUUCUUGGUGUUUCUUUUCUGUCUUUAUUGGUUAUUUAUUCCGUUUAUGUGUUUGAUUUUUCUUUAUUACAAUGCAGUAUAGACUUGCCAGUCCAUAGUCUGUAUUUUCCACACCUGUUUGACAGUAAGCUGAAGUUAUUUUGCCUUCUUUCAGAAUAGAUCUGACACCUUUGU